UUAUUAGUGUGGGACGUACCCAUAUUGUACACUGGAAUGCACUGUAGGUGGCAGCAUAGCCCACGACCAGUGGUAGGUUUCCAGGACAGUACACACGAAGAAGACAUUGCAAAAGUCGCCCUUUUCUUAACGGUGGGACUCCUCUUCGCCAUCAACAUGUCGGGUAGUGGUCCAGCAGUGCGUGUCAGCAUCGAGUCGUCCUGCGAGAAGCAGGUCCAGGAGGUGUCUUUGGAUGGCAUGGAGACAUAUGUCCCUCCCUUGUCUAUGUCCCAGAACCUGGCCAAGCUAGCCCAGAGGAUCGACUUUGGCCAGGGAUCAGACUCCGAUGAAGAAGGGGUGGAAACAGAGCCCAGGGACCCCCAGGAGUGGGGGAAGCAAGAGCCAGAGGAGGAUGAAGCCACAGUGAAGUUCCAGCCGUCCUUGUGGCCCUGGGACUCUGUGCGUAACAACCUCCGCAGCUCCCUGACAGAGAUGUGUGUGCUAUACGACGUCCUCAGCGUAGUCAAGGAGAAGAAGUACAUGGCCCUGGACCCAGUGUCCCAGGACCCCUCAGCCGGAAAGACGCCACAGGUGUUCCAGCUCAUCAGUAAGAAGAAGUCUUUGGCCACAGCAGCUCAGCUGCUCCUGAAGGGGGCAGAUAAACUAAGCAAGUCAGUGGCAGAGAACCAGGAGAACAGGAGACAGAGAGACUUCAACUCAGAGCUGCUGCGGCUCCGCUCGCAGUGGAAACUACGCAAAGUAGGAGACAAGAUCCUGGGAGACCUCAGCUACAGGAGCGCAGGAUCCUUGUUUCCUCAUGCCGGAACCUUUGAGGUGAUAAAGAACACAGACAUCGACCUGGACAAGAAGCUCCCGGAGGAUUACUGUCCACUGAACGUCCAGAUCCCCAGUGAUCUGGAGGGAUCAGCUUACAUCAAAGUUUCAAUCCAGAAACAAGCCCCUGACAUAGGUGACCUAGGCACUGUGAGUCUGUUCAGGAGGCAGCCUAAAGCUAAAGCAGGCACUCAGCCGUGGCAUGUGAAGCUGGAAGCUGCCCAGAAUGUGCUGCUCUGUAAGGAGAUUUUUGCCCAGCUGUCCCGGGAGGCGGUUCAGAUCAAGUCCCAGAUCCCCCACAUCGUAGUCAAGAACCAGAUCAUUUCUCAACCCUUCCCAGGUCUCCAGUUGUCCAUUUCUCUGUGUCACUCCACUGGAGAGAAGAAGAACCAGAGGGCGUCACCAGAGAAACCUAAACCCGACGACCACCUCUACGUUUUAGAACACAACCUGCACCAACUCAUGAGAGAGUUCCACAAGCAGACCCUGAGUUCGAUAGUGAUGCCCCAUCCGGCUAGUGCCCCCUUUGGCCACAAAAGGCAGCGUAUGGCAGGGCCCAUGGCCUAUGACAAGGCUGAGAUCUCCAACCUGCAGCAGAAUGAGGGCCUACUGGAGAAGAUCAUCAAACAGGCCAAACACAUCUUCCUACGCAGCAGGACGGCGCGGACCAUCGACAGCCUGGCCAGCCGUAUAGAAGACCCCCAGAUCCAGGCCCACUGGUCCAACAUCAACGACGUGUACGAGUCCAGUGUCAAAGUCCUCAUCACCUCCCAGGGUUACGAGCAGAUCUGCAAGUCUAUCCAGCUGCAGCUGAACAUAGGGGUUGAGCAGAUACGAGUGGUGCACAGGGACGGCCGUGUCAUCACACUCUCUCACCAGGAACAGGAGUUGCAGGACUUCCUUCUCUCCCAGAUGUCUCAGCACCAGGUCCAUGCGGUACAGCAGCUGGCUAAGGUGAUGGGUUGGCAUGUUCUGAGCUUCAGUAACCAUGUGGGCCUGGGCUCUGUGGAGAGCAUCGGUAAUGCCUCGGCCAUCACCGUCGCCUCCUCCAACGGGGAAUACGCCAUCUCAGUGCGUAAUGGUCCAGAGAGUGGCUGUAAGGUCCUGGUCCAGUUCCCACGCAGCCAGAGCAAGGAGCUGCCCAAGUCUGACGUCAUCCAGGAUGGGAAGUGGAACCACCUGCGAGGGCCCUACAAGGAGGUCCACUGGAGUAAGAUGGAGGGACGCAACUUUGUCUACAAGAUGGAGCUUCUCAUGGCUGCCCUCACCCCCUGUCCUUAGGUCUGGCCACUAUCACACUCUCUCUUGCUAUCUCUGAUAGGAUUCAGCACAUAGAAAACAAACUUGGUCCACUUUUGUUGAAAUCAUGCAUUGAUGUUAGUAUAAUUGCUUGGACAUUAGACUUACCCGUGUCGAUGUAAAAAUAUAUAUUUCAAAUGUUGUUACAGAAGAAAAUACCUCUGAAAAUAAAUAUAUGAUUUGUU